UCGUUAGUUAUACUUUAGUUAUAAGUAAAUCAUUCAUUACUGCCUGCCAAUUCUUUUCUGGCAAAACUACUGGCAUGGAGGCUACUGAUCUUGUUUCUGCAGCUAAGGAUGGGGAUUUACUUAAAGUUGAACAGAUUCUGAAGUUUUAUCCGACCCAGGUGGAUAUUCGACAAAAUGGACAUACAGCACUUCAUGCAGCCGCUCGUGGUGGACACCUUGAAGUUAUAAAGACAUUAGUUAAUCACAGUCCCAAACCUGAUCUUGAUUUUCCUGAUUCGAAAGACAGUACACCAUUGCAUUAUGCUGUAAAAGCAGAUAAAGCUGAGGCAGUUUUAUUACUUCUAAAUAUUGGUGCGAACCCAGAUGAAGAAGACAGUGAUGGUAAAACACCGUAUGAUAUUGCUUGUAAAAGAAAUUAUGAAGAUUGUAUCAGUGCAUUCAGAGAAAGAGGAAAUAAACCUGCACCAAAGAAUGACGGCACGAGUAGUGAUGAUGAAGAGAUGGAUAAACCAACUAGUAGUGCAGAUUCUGCAAUUCCCCAACGCAAAUGUUGUAAAUAUUGCAAAGAAAACAGCAGGUUUAUAAAGUUUGAGCCAUGUGGAUGCGUUAUAUCUUGUUUUGAAUGUUCCAUGAGAGACCAUAAAUGCAGAUGUGAAAAGUUUAUUGAACAACGUUCAUUCGAUAAAACAACUGAAUCAGCGAAAUAUGCAGAGGAAAUUAAAUCAAUGAGAAAAAGGCUUGAGCAACUAGAGCAUUAUGUUGAACAAUUGGAAGACCAGAAAAUCUGCAAAAUAUGUAGGUAUAAUCCAGUUAACUGCGCUCUGGGAUGUGGACACUUGUUUUGUAAGUCUUGUAUAAGAAAAACAAAAGACUCAGAGACAAGUUUUCCAGAGCAACUUUGGAUUUGUGCUAAAUGCAGAACACCUUCCAGAUAUACCAAAAUUUACCCUGAGUGGUAAUUGGAAGUGGGCAAACUGUGAGAUAUAAACAGAUCGAUGAUGUAAUAAUAUACUGACCUAAUUUAUAAUUUAAUACUAUUUUAUAUAUUUUGCACUUGAUUAAUCGUCUUUAGUAACACUCACUAAAUUCCAACAUAUUGAGAGGAUUUGGUUCUAAUGAAGUUUACCUAGGUCAGUGUUUUACAAAUUUUCUUGAACUGCUGAAUACUUAUUAUAUCAUAAAUUGUUUGUGGGACAUGUUUCAGAUCUUUCAGUAACCAUCAAAUUAACUAACAAUUAUCUUGUUCGGUUUUGACAUAAAGAAGAAAUUACGAUAGGACCAAUC